AAAGGGAAGUAAGAAGAAAAGUCGUCAGACACUGGACGGACAAAUGGAAUGUAGAUGAGGACACAUGACGUAUAACUGAAAUAGGAUGUGGUUUACUCGUCGAUUUUAACCCGAACAUCUCCACAUUUCUUCAUCAGCAACUCUCGGGCUACUUAUUGUGACAGAGCCCUUAUCUCAUCACCUGGUACCUUUUACUGGAAUUUGGCAAAGAUUUCCUAGAAGACGCCGAGGGUUAACAACAAUCAAGGAGGAUUUGGUUAUUGUCUUACUCGGGAAUUACACAUCCAAAAACGGGGAUCUAUGAGCGGAAAAGUGGCGAAGCCUAAAGAAGAAAAGGAUGCUUCCUCCAAGGACCAGGAUGACGCGGCCCCCGGUACGCAGGAGUACAUUAUGCUGCGGCAGGACUCCAUCCACUCGUCGGCGGACAUAAGAAGUAAAGGCUCGCCCUUCAGGGCCAAGUGCCACGAAAUCUUCUGCUGCCCGCUGAAGCAAGCCGUCCUCAAAGAAAACAAUGAGCCCGAAGAGCCCCAGUUGAAGGGGAUCGUGACGAAGCUGUACAGUCGACAGGGCUUCCAUCUACAGCUUCAGGCUGAUGGGACUAUCGAUGGGACGAAAGAGGAGGACAACGGAUACACCAUAUUUAACCUGAUCCCUGUGGGGCUCCGGGUGGUGGCCAUCCAGGGGGUGCAGACCAAGCUCUACCUGGCCAUGAACAGCGAAGGCUUCCUCUACACGUCGGAACACUUCACGCCGGAGUGCAAGUUCAAAGAGUCUGUGUUUGAGAACUACUACGUGACGUACUCCUCCAUGAUCUACCGGCAGCAGCAGUCGGGCCGAGGCUGGUACCUGGGCCUCAACAAGGAGGGCGAGAUCAUGAAGGGCAACCACGUCAAGAAGAACAAGCCCGCCGCACACUUCCUGCCCAAGCCUUUGAAAGUGGCCAUGUACAGAGAGCCUUCCCUGCACGACCUGACCGAGUUCUCGCGCUCCGGCAGCGGCACGCCCACCAAGAGCCGGAGUGCCUCGGCCCUGCUCAACGGAGGCAAGACCGUCAGCCAGAACGAGUCCACGUAGCCAGGACCGCCAGCGCGACCUUCGACCUCUACCCCUGCCUUCUAAUCUCUCCUUCCUCCCUCCCUCCCCCAGAGACCUUUCCACCUACCGACCUACCAUUUCCUGUCCCCGUUUUCCCAUCCUUACCCUGAUCCUUACCUCUCCUCAUUCUGACCUGACUGAGUGGCAAAGCAAGAGGCAAAGCCAGAACCCCUGCGAGCUAUGACCCUCUCCUCUCCCAUCCUCAGCCCCACCCGCGCCCCCCACCUCCCCAGGCAGCCUCCCAACCACCCAACCCUAUCUGCCUUUCCUGACCUUCCUGCUCCCCUGCUCGACCCCUUCCUUCCUCAACUGACCUGAUGCUAUCAGCGUAGGGAAAAGCUGUAAGCCAGAACAAGUCCACGUAGCCAGGGCCAAUGCAAGCUUUGACUGCCCCCCUACCCUGCCCCAACCCCAACCCCAAAACUCACCUAGCAUGAAGCCUUCCAAGACCUUGCGUCUGGCUAAUGCUCAAGGGAGGCAAAUGCCACCAGUCAGAGUCACUGCAGCCCUCCCCCAACCUGCUCCAACCCCACCACCUACCUACAGUAGAGAUGGGAUGAACGUUCAGGAGUCAGAGAGUAAAAUUCUUACAACCAUUUCAGUGAACGAGCUGGUCUGAUUUAGUAGCAGGCCUCGUCAACUGCUAUGGGUGGGUGAGGUCAUUAAUGAAAGCGGGGCAAGGCAUUUGUAUUUGUAUCAGGCAUUUCAUAUAGAGAGGCGAUUCAGCAAAAAAAAGCUAAAGGAAAUGUGUAAAAGCACAAAGUUGAAAUUGUCUGUGUUUUAAGAGUAAGAGGCAGGUGUAAAUGCAUGCAUGGCAAAGGGACUUUUACUUUCUGAGGAUAGUUUGUUCUCCUCUAAAGCCCAACCCAUCCUGUCUCUAUUAGUUAACACCC